CUCACAUACUGAGGCUGAGUUUCCUAACUAGGCUGUAUUAUAGCAAAGAAACUAAGAAGAUCAACAUCCCUGCAGAAUCUGCACUCUUCCAGGAAUCAAAAUAUCCUCUUCGUAUUCCCACUAUGUGUAAAGGAACAGCUCGGAAAAUUCUCGAAGGUGGACUGAGCACCCAGAACACAUGCAUGUGUGAGGUCUGAGCUCACUUUCGGGCAUGAACAAAACAACUUCUAAAAACACUCUCUGACCUCAGCUAUAGAACAGAAAAUAAAGUUGUUCCUUCAACUGGAGUGUAACCUCGACAGAGAAAGACAUCUGGAUGCACCAUGGUGGUGCAGAGUAACCUGGACAUUGGAGAGAGUAGGAAAGGGGUCUUGCUUGAGCCAUUUAUCCACCAAGUUGGAGGCCACAUGAGCAUGAUGAAGUAUGAUGAGUACACCGUCUGCAAGCCUCUUGUUUCCCAGGAACAAUGGUUCUACGAGUCUCUCCCUAUAGUGAUGAAACAAUUCACACCUCAGUACAAAGGCAUAAUUUCUGUACACCUCAAGAAGGACAGCAUGGGCAAUCUGAGCCUCAUAGCCAGCCCACAAACAGAAAACCACAGUUCACUGGACAAUGCUUCCAAGGAGUCUUCAAUGACAAUAUGGCAGAAACUCAGCCAGGCAAACACCAGCAGCAGUGGCCAUACCUUUGUCAAAUGGAAUCACAGCCCCCUCACAAACACUAUCAAAGACAGCUGCCAAGGGAAAGCACUAUUACGGACAGACCUUCAGUACAACAGAGAUGUGUCUUCACUUAUGGAGGAUGCCAAUGGGAAUCAGGCAGAAAAGAACAGCUAUAACCCCUGGGGACUGCACUGCCACAAGCAGCAUCUCAACCGCAUGUCUUCUAAGUGUAAUGAGAACAAACUGCAUCAAUUUCUGUUGCUUGAAAAUGUGGUGUCCAAGUAUAAAUACCCAUGUAUUCUGGACCUGAAGAUGGGAACUAGGCAGCAUGGUGAUGAUGCAUCAGAAGAGAAGAAAGCACGGCAAAUAAAGAAGUGUGAACAGAGCACAUCAGCAUCCCUUGGAGCCCGUAUUUGUGGCAUGCAGGUUUACCAAGCAGACACGGUCCAAUAUCUCUGCAAUGACAAGUAUUAUGGGCGGAAACUCUCACCAGAUGGCUUCAAGCAGGCCCUCUGCCAGUUCCUGCACAAUGGAAAGCAUCUCAGAACAGACCUUGCAGAACCCAUUGUGUGUCAGCUGAAGACUUUGCUAUCCAUCAUCAAAAAGCAGAACUCUUACCGGUUCUACUCCAGCUCACUUUUGAUAAUCUAUGAGGGACUGGAGAAAACAACAGACAACCACCCUCAGGGGCACGGUCAGAACACUAGCUGCACUGCUCCACAUGCGAACACCCGCCCCAAAGUUGAUAUUCGCAUGAUAGACUUUGCUCACACAACUUAUAAAGGCUCAAAGUAUAACGAGACAGUCUAUGAUGGACCAGAUCAUGGCUAUAUUUUUGGUCUAGAAAACCUAAUUAAAAUUAUUCAAAACAUCUCAGUGGGUGAAUGACAGUGGCUGAAGUGGCUUUAUGGUGGGAAAAGGCAUAACCUCCAUGUCAGGCCAAUAGCAGAAACACCUCCUGGCAAAAUAUAUCACAUGCACUGUUUUCAAAUGGAAAGCCACAGAAUGAACAGCAUGUCAGGAAAAGCUCUGACCAUGCUCUGGACUGGAUGGAAUCCAUCAUGAUUGUGAUCUGACAGAACAAAAAAGGAAGAUUAUUUUCCUUUCUCAUUUCCAUAUUGCCUUUCCAUUCGUUUCUGAACUAAAAGAAAAAGGUAUGCGAAAGGAAUUUUAAUAAUGAAAGAUUUUUUCAUCAAGCACCAGGCAGAUUUACAAGGCCAAAAGGGGCCAACAAGAUACUGUGUUCCUGAAAAGGACUUCAAGAGAGGUUGGCAGGCCCUUAAAAAUUUGCACUUAGUUUGACGGGCCAAGAACUUUGAAUUACACAAUCAGAUGUCUCAACAGCUUUCAACAUGCUCAAACAACUUGCACCUUAAAAACUACAAGUAUAUUAAUUCCGUUUUCCUUUAUAUUCUGUACCAGUGUGUGGUACUAUAUGCUCCAGGGAAUGUGUGUGAGAGCCAAAAGAAGUGAAUGGGUACAAUAAAAAGCAAAAGCAAGUCAGUGCCAAAUAGCCCCUCCUGGAGAAAGGCAGGUCUUUGCUAGAAGAGUUGAAGAGGAAGGGGUGUUCCAAUUCUGUGAAACAGGGAUUCAUACCGUGACAUUUUAUAUUAAAGAGGGUGUGUAUGAAUCUGAGAAGCCUUGAUCUUGAACAUCAAGAUGUGUUCACAAAUAUUGGGAUAGGGGCCCAAAAGUUAUCUAGAAGUUUUGUAUUCAGCUUAUGUGCAUGUGUAUUUGUGUGUGGACUAAAAUAUGAAAACUUGACAAAAUGUUUACAGAAUUUAUGAACAAUUGUAAAUAUGGAACAACCAAAGUACAAAUUCCUUCCUAUAUCCCAUGUAAAAUAUUAGAAUGUUUUUAAAUAUAGAAAUGCAAAGUCUAAUAACAGAAUGAGAAUGUCAAGCUGUA